AUGUCGGAAAUAGAGCUCCAGCACCCAGUCGCCAGUACUGUGGCCGUGGAUGACAAAGAAUACAGCAAAGAUGAUAAAGAUCUGAUUGCGCUGGGCAAGAAACCCCGCAACUUUGGUUUUACGUCCAUCCUGGGCUUCUCCUGCACAGUGUUGAUCACUUGGGAGGGAAUAUUAAUUGGCGGCCCAGCUGGCGUCAUCUGGGGCUACCUCAUAGUAUGGAUCGGCACAUUGUCUGUUUUUGCGGUCUUGUCUGAACUGGCAUCGAUGGCACCAACCGCCGGUGGUCAAUAUCAUUGGGUUGCCAUGUUAGCCCCCGAUUCAUCCAGGCGAUUCUUGAGCUACAUCACUGGAUGGAUAACUUUCAUAGGCUGGCAAGCAGUCACUGCGUCGGCCGCAUAUCUCAUUGGGACCCUUCUGGAGGGCGUCAUCAUCAUGUGCAAUCCAGGUUACGUCCCCAAGCCGUACCAGGCCAUGCUCUUCUGUUGGGUCAUCCUGAGCUUCGCAGUGUUCAUCAACACGGUUGCCACUAAGACGCUCGCCCAUUUCGAAGGACUGAUCUUGGUCCUGCACAUUCUGGGCUUCUUCGCCAUUCUGAUACCGCUGGUGAUACUCGGCCCCCACGGCGACGCGUUCAUCUUCACGACUUUUGUGAAUCUGGGCGCGUGGCCUACAGAUGGUCUAUCUUUCAUGGUUGGCCUACCAGCCUCUGUAUCUGCCCUCAUUGGUGCCGACUCAGCCGUCCAUAUGUCCGAGGAGAUUCGAAAUGCAUCCAGGGUCGUUCCACGAGCCAUCAACACCAGCGUAUUGGUUAACGGCAUUCUGGGGUUCGCAAUGCUGCUCGCCUAUCUUCUUUUACACGUUGGGACCGGCUCGACUGCCGGAGCGGCUAUCAUGGGCAUGAUAGUGGUGGUCCUCAGCGUGUGCAGCACUGUGGGUGUCCUAGCAUCGUCGUCCAGGAUGGUCUGGUCCUUUUCAAGAGACCGCGGACUCGAUAAGCGUACAUCCAUCCCCAUCUAUACCGUCGCUUUCACCACGAUAGUCUCCGUACUGCUCUCACUCAUCACGCUCGGGUCGAGCGUCGCGUUCAACAACAUUGUCAAUCUGAGCGUAGUCGGCCUCUACUCGUCAUACCUCCUCAGCUGCGGCCUGCUCCUGUUCCGCCGGCUGCAGAAGGACGGUCGCAUCCCUGGAGUCCUUGGAGUGCUAAACAACAUUUUCGCCUGUGUAUACCUGGCUGUGCUGUGGUUCUGGGCCUUCUGGCCCCCAGUGACCCCCGUUACACCUGCGACCAUGAACUUCAGUCUCCUUACUUUUGGUGGCACGGUGCUAUUUGCCGUUCUAUGGUAUGCCGUGAAAGGCAGGAAGGAAUAUCAAGGACCGAUUGUGGAGGUGAAACUAUGA